AUGUGUAUAAGAGACUUAUCUUAUCUUGGUGAGGUGGUGGUGAGGGAUAAGGGGGAGCCCCCCCGGUCCUCCUCCUCCCCCCUCCUCCUGCUGGUGGAAGUUAAGGGGGAGCCGCUCCCCCGCAUCGUCCUCCCCCCCGCAUUCUCCCGCAACCAGGUGUCAGUGGAGGUGAGGGAGGACGCGAGGGUGGGGGGCAUCAUUGCGAGGGUGGGGGUGAUUAACCCCCCUCCUCACCCCCGCUGCAUCAUCACCCCUCCCACAGAUGAGUACCAGGCCAUACUCACCCAGGCAGGUGACUGCGCCAUUCAGCUCAUCUCGGCGCUCGACGCUGACGGGAACACUUCACCCACGUCACCCACCGCACCCACGUCACCCACCGCACCCACCUCACCCACUUUGCUCACCCUGCACUUAUUCACCGACGACCAGGAUCUCAAUGUUACCGCGAGGAUCAACAUAACGCUCUUGGACGUGAACGACAACGCACCUCGCUUCGUCUUGACGAAUAUGUCAUCUUCUGACGAUGGCGGUAGUGGUGACGAUGGUGGUGGUGGUGAUGGUGGUGGUGGUGGUGGUGGUGGUGGUGGCGGUGACGUGUUAACGAGACGUGAUGAUGGUGCCCUCAUCCUCGGCCCCGACACUCUGCUCGUCACCAUCUCUGGUGACAGUGACGUGGGCAGCAUCGUCACGCACCUCCUGGCCACUGACCCCGACGGCGGUACUAACGGGGAGGUGACGUACCAGCUGGUACCAGAGAGCAACAGAGGCGGGUACUUUGCCAUCAGUUCCACCACUGGUACGCUGGUCACCGCCAGGGUACUUAAAGACGUACCAGAGAACCUCAACCCGUUCAACCUGACCGUGGUAGCUCGGGACAACCCAGCCAACCGCAAGGGCAACCAGGACCAGAUGCAUGUGGUGGUUAAUGUGAUCGGUCCCGCUCACCGCGUCGUGCUGCCCGUCCCCGCCCCUCCCGCCCUCCUCCAGGACAAGAGGGACGCCAUCGCCGCCGCCCUCGCCCACCGGCCUG